AUGCUGGCCAGCCGUGCGUGCCGCUCCUCCAUCAUGAUCGGCCGCGCCCUGGACCCGCCCCUCAUGCGCCGCAUCCUGGCGCGCCUGGCCGAGCUGGACGCGCCCUGGAACUGCCCCCACGGCCGCCCCACGAUGCGCCACCUGGCGGUGCUACCGUCAGCGGCGCCGGGGCUGGGGCCAGGGCGGGCGGGCGCCGGGGCGCGCGGUGGGGGCGGCAGCAAGGGCGGCGACGGGGCUGGGGCAAGGGGGGCCGACGAGAGCACGCAAGAAGCAGAAGAUACCGAGGAGGAGGAUGGCAGUUGA